CACUGAUCACCUUGGUAGUCGCGUCCACCUCACAGAAACACAACAGCCAUGGGGUCCCGACAGCAGAGAGUGAUGGUUCAGCCCAUCAACGUGAUCUUCAAAAACUUGCAGCAGCGAACGAAAGUCGUCAUAUGGCUUUACGACAAUAUAGACAUGAGGAUCGAAGGACGCAUCAUUGGGUUCGACGAAUUCAUGAAUCUCGUUAUGGACGAAGCCACAGAGGUCUACGUUAAAGAUGCAAAACCACGACGAGAACUCGGUCGUAUUCUGCUAAAAGGCGACAACAUCACUCUUAUCCAGCCAAUCGUCGGAUGACGAUGACUCUGAUCUGUAAAAACGAUCCCCCCCCUGCGUACGCCCGGACA